CAAAAAAUAGCCUUCAGACAGUCCAUCCUUGUGCUCUGUGUGAAGGUUUUGACAGUAGGAAACAAUACGACAUAUAUGUGAGCAUUUGGACUUGUUGCACCAGACCUGCUAGGUUGGAAGAGGAGCAUGCAUCACAGUCCUCUUUGUUAAUAUCAACUCAACAAGUCAGCUUUUGACAAUGACCCUGCAGAUGGGGAUCCUGUGUCUGGCUCUGCUGGGCCUGAGCACAGCGUUAGUUUGUCCCGAUGGAGGCAUGUGUGAAGAAAAAAAUACCUGCUGCAAGAACACUGUGGGAGGAUACGGAUGCUGUCCACUACCAAACGCUGAGUGCUGUUCAGAUCACCUCCACUGCUGCUUCGAGGGGACGCUCUGUGAUCUGGACCACGCCAGAUGUGUUAAUAAGACAGUUUCUCUGCCCUGGAUGACCCGACUCCCUACCAAACAGCUCAGCGAGGAAGUAAAGGCAGUCAUUUGUCCGGACCAGGAGUCUGAGUGUCCGGAUGACACCACUUGCUGCCAGCUUCCUGACGGCUCCUGGGGCUGCUGUCCAUUAGCCAAGGCGGUGUGUUGUGAGGAUAAGCGCCACUGUUGCCCAGAGGGAAAAACGUGUGAUCUUACUCACUCGAGGUGUGUGUCUGCCUCACAGGAGUCCUCACCCUUGCUGGUGAAGCUGCCUGCCAGAAGGAGGGGUAAUAAUCCAGCUUCUGCUGUGGGUUCAGUUCAUUGUCCUGGUGGGAAAAGCAGCUGCCCCGACAGUUUCACCUGCUGCCUGCUAACCAGUGGAGACUAUGGCUGCUGCCCCUACCCUGAUGCCAUGUGCUGCAGUGAUCACGUCCAUUGUUGCCCUAGCGAUACGACAUGCGACGUGGAGCAUGAGAUGUGCAAGUCUGGUGAGAUGCAAGUGCCGAUGUUGAAAAAAAUCCAGGCUCAGAAGAUCUCGAAUGACGUUGUGUGUCCAGACCAAAAAUCAGCGUGUCCUGAUCAAACCACAUGUUGCCAGAUGUCCAACGGCACAUAUGGCUGCUGUCCAAUGCCCGAUGCCGUCUGCUGUUCAGAUCACAUCCACUGCUGUCCUGCAGGCACAGAGUGCGACCUGGCUCACAGUGCCUGUACGUCGGCCCAGGGAGAGACAUCCAUGGCCAUUAAGAUCCCCGCAGCUGUGAGAGAGCUGGAGGCAGUACAGAGCAGAGUCGGUGCUGUUCCCUGCAACGACUCUGUGGCCUGCGCCGAUGGAAACACCUGCUGUAAAUCACUAGACGGAGAAUGGGCCUGCUGCCCCUUACCGAAGGCCGUAUGUUGUAAAGACCACCUGCACUGCUGUCCUCACGACACCAUUUGUAACCUGGCAGCUUCCACGUGUGACGAUCACGCAGGCAACGCAGUGGUGCCCUGGCUCCAACACCAACCCGUCUUCCCCUUAUUAACCGAUAACAGCAAGUGUGACAAAUCCACAUCGUGUCCAGGAAAAUCCACCUGCUGCAAGACCGUCACCGGAGACUGGGCCUGCUGUCCGCUGCCUCAGGCCGUUUGCUGUGACGACCACGUGCACUGCUGCCCUCACGGCACCGUGUGCAACCUGGAGGCAGAAACUUGUGACAACAUGUCGGGUUUCUUACCGUCCGUCCCCUGGGCGUCAAAAAUCCCCGCUCUGACCUCGGAGCUGCAGGAAGAGAAGUGUGACAAGCAGACCAUGUGUCCUGGAGGCACCACCUGCUGUAAGAAGAACUCUGGGCAGUGGGCCUGCUGCCCCUUACCUCAGGCCGUGUGUUGUAGCGAUCGCGAGCACUGCUGCCCUAAAGGCUACAAGUGUAAUGUGGCCGAGCAAAGUUGUGACAAAGUCGGUGACCGCAGCUUGCCCUGGCUCCAGAAGAUACCAGCCCUGCAGAAAGUUCUCAUCCAGGCAGCAGUUGGCAGUCCAGCUCGGACGGCCAGGAACAUGUGUGACGCCCAUACCAGCUGCCCCAAAGACACGACCUGCUGCUUCAUGAAAAAUACUCAUAAAUGGGGCUGCUGUCCCCUGCUACAAGCAGUCUGUUGCGAUGAUGGAAACCACUGCUGCCCCAGCGGUCACACCUGUGAACCCCACCACUCCUCCUGCUCAAAAGGCCCCAACGUUAUACCCUGGUUCACCAAACUGAGCGCCCUGACAGAGACGGGCUCCGUGACAGAUGUUAAAUGUGACGACAAGAGCAGCUGUGCUUCAGGGACGACCUGCUGUAAACUGGAGUCAGGAGAGUGGGGAUGCUGCCCUCUGGUCAAGGCCGUGUGCUGCGCCGACCACGAGCACUGCUGUCCUCAGGGCUACACCUGCAACAUGCAGACGGGCACGUGCGAGAAGAAGGAGCAUGACGUGCUCAUCCACACCCUCCCUCAGAGCAAAGUGGUACAGUCCAAGCCGGGAGACCUAGAGGUAGACGCGGACGUACCAUGUGACAGCACGGGGGUGUUUCACUGCCCCAAGCAAGAAACGUGCUGUAAGACCUCAGCGACAGAGUGGGCCUGCUGCCCCGCACCCAGGGCUGUCUGCUGCUCUGACUCCAAGCACUGCUGUCCUGCUGGAUACUCAUGUGACCUGCAGGCUGGAGGUUGCACCCAACAAACUCAGCUGACCUGGGACAUUUUCUUUGGGGACAGAAAGAAAGACUUUGUCCCCCGUGGACUUUAACCCACUAAGAGCUGUGUCUGGAUUUCUCUGAACGCAGCCAAGAAAUAGGAGCCAAGUACAUCGUAAUGUCAUGAGGAAACAAAUUCUGGGCUCGCUCCAUCACCAGAGAACAAAAACCUCUUGAGACGAUACCAUGUGUGUGUGCUGAGAUUUUUAACUGAGAUGAACUUCAAGAUGAAAUGUUUAUGUUUGACGAGCAAAUCACAGUCAGUUUCCAGUCAUUGAUCCAUAUCGUCAUCGAGUCUUUUCAUUCUAGUUUUGGGAGCUUCCAAAAAAACACCGAAGGGAGCUCUUGAAGGUCACAGGAAUACUGCUCUUGAAACGUGUAUUUCAUUAGUUUUGCUUUGUUUUGUUUGAAGGCCUCAAAAGUGUUUAAAUUGUAAUUUUAUCAGAAUGACUUUUUUGCAAUUUAAGAUUGGACACAUGCUGAAAUAAAAUGUGAAACGUGUUGAUAAUUUGCAUUGAUUCCAGACUCUUCUGUCAGCUGAGUCAACGUAGUUUAAUUUCCAUUUGUCAUAGCCACUUUUAGCUGCUUGUCUUUUUUGUUUGUUGUUGUUGUUGGUUUGUUUGGUUUUGUCCCCCCAACCCCCGCUGUGAUUUGGACAAGAACAUUUUUUGCAACCUUUUUAAAUUUGAGAAGGAGGUGAAAUAUUCCA